AUGACGGCAUUUGCUAUGAAUAUGUAUUUGUAUUUAGCUGAAGGAGUAAUCGUUUGCACAUCUAAUGGAUUACUCACGUUAUGCAUUAUUGGUUCACGGUCUAAUCGAAAACGCAGGGAAUUUCUGCUCAUAGUCUCUCAAGGUGUAGCAGACACCAUGUAUGCCAUAGCUUUCAUGCUUAUUGCUGUUCAUCGUCUACAUCUCGAGGCUACAGCAAUGCUAAAUGGCACUUUUCCUAGAUGGGAAUGUGCAUUGCAUCCAGCACUUUUUCUACACGACAUUGCGACACCACUUCUUGGCUUGCUGCCAAUGGCGAUGUCAAUUAAUUUUCUUAUCUCUUCGGUGAUCCCGUUAUGGUACAUGACAGCAAGACACAACUACACUGCUUCACUCAUAGCCGUGCCCUAUCUUGUGACGGCCCUACUGUUGCUGAUUAACUACGCACUAAUUUGGGGUGAUCAAUCACCGACAUCUUCGCUUUGUAUAGCGUCUAAUGGAGCUGCUCAUCCGGCCACAUAUGGAGUUAUGCUUGGAAUACGGCUUGUCGCGAAUAUUGGCAGUGCCUGUGUGUACUUAGCCAUAGUUAUCUACCUUAGCAAGAGCCACGGUCGAUCACUCCAAAGCCUUUCUGCGUAUCAAAAGAAAAGUCAUCGAAAUGCAAAGAUUACUCUCGGUGAGAAUUGUGACUUAUUGUAUCGGAUGGUAACAACCAAUUCGAUUCUACUGCUUUUCGUCCCUGACAUCCUCCUACUCGUCAAUCCGUUCAACAUCAAUCAAAAGUAUUCUACUAUUCUUUAUUCUAUGACCCUCAGCAAGACAACUAUUAAUUUCCUGAUCUACGUCCUCCGCUACCGAGAAAUUCGAGGGAUUCUGUUAAAAAGUGUAUUCGGAAGAAUUCCAUUCCUGAAGUAUCGAGUCAGUGAAAUGAGUAUUGGCAAACAUCCAACUCGAGCAGGGCAGUCUCAGUUCGGAGCCGAUACUAUUAAUCCAAGAACGGGACCACAGUCGUCAAUCAACAGAUCGGUAACUAUCUGA